AUGACAGGCAUCCUGACAGAGGUAUCCGUACACAAGUUAAGCUUCGAUCCUAACAUAACUCCGGUAAGACAAAAGAAGCGCCCAAUCGCUGAAGCCAGGAAUAAAUUUGUCAAUGAAGAGUUGCACAAGAUGGGACAGGCAACUUCACAACAAUUACUGAUGCUAGAUGCAGCUCCUUCUGGGAGUGCAACACCAUUCUUUAUACACGUCAAAGCAGCAAAUUACAGUGAUAACGUCAUUGUUGGUCAAGAUAAAACUAAUAUAGCACUUAUUGGUGAUGGUAUGGGAAUUACAAUACUUUCAGCAAAUACAAGUGCCAGUAUGGGUCUCGGAACAAAUGACACUGCCACAUUAGGAGUUUACGGCGAUGGUUUCAUCGGAAUGAACAUGACUAUUAGAAAUAGUGCUGGAGCAGGAGCUGGACAAGCGGCCGCCUUGACUCGUGGAGCUAGUUUCGUAACAUUUUAUCAGUGUCGUUUCGAAGGUUUUCAGGACACAGUUUUUUCGAAAUAUGGAGUGCAAUUUUUCAAAGAAUGUGAAGUUUCUGGCACCAUAGAUUUCAUCUUUGGUGAUGGCCAAGCCUAUUUUCAAGAUAGUGUAAUUUAUGCAAGAUUAGCUGUACCAGGACAAGAAAUCACAAUACUUGCUCCAGGUUUUGACUCGACUGCUAUGAAUUCAGGGGAAGAAACUGUUUCUUCCGAAACUGAACAGGUAUCUUCUAGCCCUGAAGUUACUACUAAGACAAUUUCUGAAGUUUCUACAAAUUUAGAGAAUAGGUUAGUGCUGGUAGGGUUUAUAGCAGGUGUUGAAACUACAAAGUCUGGAGAAGUUGGUGGUAAAAAUAAAAAGGAUAAAGAAAAAGAGAGCAAGGAAGUUAGGAGUGGUGUGAGGGGAAAGGGUAAAAGAAUGGUUGAUUCUUCACCCACUCUUGUUAGUUUAACCUAA